AUGGAGCUGGGAGAAGGCGAGAGGGAUUUAAUGAAAAUGCUAAUGCAGAAUGACCAGCCAGAGGAGACUAUUCAGCGGCCGAUGGAAGAUCCUGCAAUGGUUCAAUCGGGGGUAAGAAAAGAUCAAAUUUUGUACUUCGUAGGACCAGUCAUUUUCGCACCAUGCUAGUUAUUCGCUCGGCGCAUGUGCGAUCGGCCUGAACAAUACGAUCUUUCACGCGGUGAACCGAGAUGGAGUGUUUAAAAAAACUCGCUGUUUUCGUGGGAAAGGAAAUGCUACUUCCUUGAAGAAACGAGCGCUGUACUGUUCUAUGUAACUUUGGGGAGCAGGGUUUAGAUAUAGAUAGUCGUCAAGAAACAUAUAUUUCCCGGAAACAUGACACGGAUGAAAAUUGACUUCAUGAAUUCAUUGAGCGAAAUUCAACAGGUUGUAGCGAGCGCUGGCAUUUACACAAGAAGUUGUUUCGACUAUGUAGAGCUCAUCGCUAGUCAGUUGACUGGUAAUGAUUCUUUGUCGGUAGAAUUACGACACUGUCCAUAAUCCAUGGGGUUUUUUGCUUCCUAUGCCUUGAAUCACUUGAAUCAUGUAUUCCACGCUCAAAAUAUAACAGGAAGAUAAGGUAUUCACAAGUUAAAAGUUUAGCCUGUGCAUUGUGAAAUUCAGUUAAAAAAUGCCAUUGAACCAGUGAGAAUGUUUUUACCACAGUAUUUUAAAAUCAAGCUUCAACGUAACCAGCCAGUCUACAUUUGUAUUUUGGGAUAGGACAGAAUUUUGCAUUCUGCUUAACAAAAAGAUGAACAGCUUGGCUCUUGCUAGCAAAGUCCUUGUGGGGUAAUCAGUCCUGAAGUUAUGCUAACCAACCCUCGGAAUUGUGUAGGUGUUAUCAGAAAUUUACACAAAGGCACGAUGCCAUAAUUCACUUGAAUUAAGUGUAUUAUUCAUUUCAAAAAGGAAAAAGGAUUAUUAAACCAGAGGAAGGAAAUCACUUCAUAGCUAUAUAAGGCAACAGUUAAAAAAUCAGGAUUCUCACAUUCAAAAUGCUUGAGUCUGUAUGUACCUGUAGCCAGAUGUUUAAAGUGAAGUGAAUAUUAAAAGUGUACUGUAGUUUUUUAUUUGUAAAACAAAAUAAGUAACCUAUUUAACAACUGGAAUUCAACUCAUGUUGGCAUUGUUCACUGGGCUAGAAGAAAACUUGAAUUCCAGCUUGUUGUUUGCACAAGCAGCUUUCACAUUUUGCUUGUCUGGGGCCGCAACUAACUUGCGGUAGUUAAUGAUUUUGUUAGAGAAUGACUCAGCUGGACCCUUAAUUCAUUAAUUGUCCAUUAACCAAGUGAGCUUUUGAAGUUAUUCACCCAGUAAGAAAAUCUACCAGUCUUGAACAAUGGGAUAUAUUUUUUUUAGCACUGGUUCAGUGUUAACUAAGCGACCAAAAGGUUAACUUACCAUCAUAAAUCAACCUGUCAUAUAAGUUCCAAAAUGUUGUGGGCCAUAUUGAUGCACAUGCACAAACAUAAUGAGUGACCACUCCACAAUUUAAAUCAGAAUGGCAGCAUUUGAAAUGAAAUUUUAUUUGCAUGGUAAUGCUUCUUUUUAUUAUUGGAGAAAUGACUGUACCUUUUGGCCUUUUCUAUUGCUGGUUUUCACAUGGCAUCAUUCAAAAUUCGAACGAAAGAAAUUAUUGAUCCUUUUGCGUUGUAACGUUCAUGAAGUAUUAGAGUCACUUAAAACUAAUCUUUAUACCGUAUUUUCUUGAUUAAAUGCUGGGGGUGUUUAAUCUAGAAAAUAUGGUAUAUGUACAAAUUGUGUUGUUCCAGAAAAUAUCCAGACCCCACCUCUGAGGGAAUCGGAAAUUCCGAAGGGGAGGGGGUUGGACAAUUAAAUCACUUUCCAUGGGGUUAAUAUCAAUUCAUUUUGGAUUUAAGUUCAAACAUUGACCAACAUUGUUUCUUACCAAUCUGGUAGAUCAUUCUUGAGACACAAAUAACUUAAACUAUAUCAUUUAUGAUUAUUCUUUUUUAGCUUAAUCAGGUUUUCUGUCUUCCUUAGAAAACAUUUUUGGAUGCCAUUUCAAAGGAAUUAGACCAACUUAAACUUGAUUUAUUUUGUGCUCGUAGAUUCGGCUGCCAUUACUCAUUACCAGUCUCCCUAAAGACAUGUUGCAUCAGUCAAUUGCAAAAUAGUGAAAGUUUCGCUUCAAAAAGCAGAAGGUACAAGGUCAUGAUUUUAGAAUCUAGAGUUAAUUUUCUCUGUCUCCUUUUUUUCUUAAUUUUGUGUUUGAGAGGGUGACAUCAUGACUGUUUGCGAUUGCAUUAAUGCUAAAAUGGCGUUACAAAAUUCCACCAACAUUUGAAAUAAGAAUCACUACACAUUGUUGUGUCAGUCGAUGGAAGAAAAGUAUAGUGGUAAUUUUGCUUCAUGAAGUGCAUGGUAUACAAUAAUUAUAUAACCGUUUCAGAAUCUAGAGUUUUUAUUCUCCUUUUUGUUUUUCCUUAAUUUGUGGUUGAAAGUUUGACUUGUUUACAAUAAGCACUCACGAGUGCUGAAAUGGCCUUAAUUACAUCAACAUUAUGCCUAUGAAGACGAAAAACAAAUUGUUAGCUUGCACAUCAUGGUAAAUUCACUGAUACAACUCAUCAACUUUAUCUGUUCAUUUAAGGAAAGGGAUAAGCAAACUUUUGGGAUCAAUUAGGUCUCUGGGAAACUGCCCACCCACUCCUCCCUAAACCAUCAUUUUGCCAUUAGUGAGAAUUAAGUGAUAAUGUUUUCUUAAGGAAGGGGUAGGUGGACAGAGAAACCUAAAUUGACCCAAAUUUUGCAGGUUAGGUUACCUUAUGGCAGCAUUGUAAUGUUGUGAGAUCACUUAAUAACUGGAAAUGGUUGAUCAAAAACCACAAAUAGCCUCAAUCUUUUACUUCAAUAACCUUUCUUCGAGUAAAUGAACUUUUCCAGAGGGAAUGGUGGUCUUUGUUACACCUCUGGAAAUUCCAGAGAGGUUGAACUGGGGGGGGGGGGGGGGGUCAUCACUUCCCUACAAUAGUGGAAAAUUCAGGGAGGUGGGGGGGUCCUAUGUGAAAUUCCCUCUGUGGUGGGCGUCUGGAUAUUUUUUGAAACCACACAUUUUCUCUUCAAAAGGAUUUUUUGUUGUGUCAUAGAGUACUCUUGAAUUUCUAAGCUUUUGCAUGAAGUGGCAAUUACAAGGCAGGCGAGAGAGGCAUUGUGUAGAUUUUAAAAUUUACAAUUUACAUGUACUUUUUUGGGGGGAUUUUGCUAUCUGAACACUCAUUGUAUUAGAAAAAGCUUUAAUGUUUGUAUUUCCUUGAGAGAUGAUAUUCACACUUUCGUAGCAAAACUCAGUGACAGAUAUUUCUGCUGGUUUCUGGCUGCCAUGUUGGUGCCUAUUCAGAUGGGCGUCAUCAUGGCAUCUCUAUACGAAGCUCUAUAAAUUUGGGUAAACCAUUUCUCCGAAUAUCUUGCAUUUGAAAAAUUGCACUGACCUGAAUCUUGGUGGGGUCUUUGCAUAUUUACCUUCUUUCAUCUCUCAGAUUCUGGAUUUUUUAUCUUUUUUAUGGUUUUGAUUAUUAUUUUUGAUUGCAUGACAGUGAAAACCAGCAAUUGGCUGACAAUGUUGAUCUCUUGACUUAAGGUACUCAUGCAGAGUUUGACAUAAGCAGUUGUUGUCCACUCACCAGUUUGAGUGUGAAAGCCUUUAGGCCAGUGGAAGUCGAAGAUAACUUACCCAAUUUGGAAAAUGAAAUUCUGUAAAGCUGAAUAUUUUUGACAAAAUAUAAUUUUACAUGCAUCAUACAGGUAGUCUUACACAUUCUAAGAUCUUUAGAAAUUUAGCAAAUACAUGCAAUUCUACCACUUCAUGGAUACAAAAUGGCUUCUUUUCAUUUGACAGAACUUUAUGCAAAGUAUCUACUUUAAGUCAUGAUACUGCUGGUCAAAAACAGACACCCCCACUGAUGUGGACUGUUUAGUGUCUUUCCUAGUGUGGUUUUGUGUUGCAAAAUUUUUUAAUGCAUGUAUUUUAGCUCCCCAAAAAAGGGAUGUGAAAGAAAUCACUCAAAGGGCAGAUUCUAGAGUGCAAGAGAAAACAAUUUUUUAAUAAUGUCAAGUUGAUCGGCCUUGGUUGAAAGAUCGUCGAAAUUUUACUUCCAGAUAACUGGCAAAAAAAGUAACAACAACAGCAGCACAGUUGGUUCCUUUGCUUUAUUUAAUUUGUUAAAAUCCAAGCAAAAGUGUUCAAAAUAUCUGUAAAAUAACAGCUUUAGUUUAAUCACAUGAUUGAAACCCUCCAUAGUCAACAAAGGUCGAGGGCAAAUUCAAGGUGCAGAAGAAACUGAAAACAAACCAUGUGUGUUUGCUCAGGCAUGUGGUCAGAUAGAAACCCUACUGUGUUGACCAUAUUGUUUGUUUUAGUGAGGUAAUGUUUUUUAAUGUGCAGGUUUAUUUUCCAUGAUGAUUUAAAUGACGUGCCAUGUAAAUCAUGUUUUUUAACUUUUCACAAUGAUGAAAUUUCUCUUGAAUCGAGGCCCUUGAAUUUUCGUGUAUUUAUACACGCGUAUAGCCUGCGACUGCAGAUGUAUUUCCAGUCGUUGCUAACAUGUAUACUAAAUCAAUUCAGAAACAAAUCAUUGAAUACCAUAUAAAAAGUAAAUAUCCUAAAGAAGAAUUCUCGACCUGCGAUAAAGUAGGAAGUGAAAAACCUUUAGUGAGUUAAUCCUGUUUUGUGUAGAGUUAAUUGCCUCCUCAUUUCUUAUCUAAUCCUCAAGCAAAGUGAGACUAACGCCGCUUUUAAGUGCGUUUUUGUUACAGUAUAAGGGACAGGUGUGGGAUAUGUGACUAAACUGAUUUUUUUUUUAGCGCAAAUAGCUGAUUACAGUUUUGCAUGCAUUCAAGUACCGUGUACAUGUCAGUCAAAAAUGUGUGAUUUGAAACUGGCUUAGACUGAUUUGAUAUCAAUUUCCAACUCAGAACUUAACAUGUUGAACCUCUAAUAGAUAUGCUUUCAAUCAAUAAUUUUCAUAAAAAUAAUUAUUAAAAUAAGGUAAAAUAAAUUAAAUCCUCCUUGGAUGAUCUUGUGGUGUUUGGGACAAGAAAUGGAAACAGUGUGGCAGGGUAGGAUGUGUGUAGGGCUCUUGAAAAUGUUUCAUUUUUUCUUUUGUUAUAAGCAGAUGAAGUUAGGAAUAACAAGUCAUUGGCAUUACCUGUGGAAAAAUACAUCUCAAAAAUGAAAAAAAGAAGUCAAAAUUUGUACACAUGGUUUUUAGAAUAACUAUCAGCCAAAUUGGUUCAUGGGUUGCCAACUUGUACAAUGUAGUUUAAACUGUAUGCUCAAUUUGGCCCAGUUUUCAUUUAGAGAAAACAGGGAGUACAAUUGUUGCUGCAUCUUGCCUGUAAUGAGAUUAUAACAGAUUAUAACACCAAAGCUGUCAAUGUUGAUGCACUGUCACCAGGGAAGGAAUGGCAAUAAUUCUUUGACACAGCAGGAAACAGUUUCCGUCACAUGUGGCAGCUUGGACACAAAACAUAAUUUAAACAGCUUAGUAAAUUUAACAUUUUAAAAUGAUUUAUUUCUUAAUAUAAUAUUUUCUGUAAUCGUUAAAUUUGAAAAUACUGACUAUACUGACAAUCAUGCCACAUACCAGGACGACUCUUGAGCAGUUGUAAACAAUUGUAGAAAAGCAGUCAUCAUUUGUCUUGAUGUGGUAGACAAAAACAAACUAGACAAGCAUCUUUUUCUCUUUUUGGAGGUGAAGUCGUCUGGUUCACCAAAGACAACUCCCUUUUCUUAUCAUUACAGCUCAGCUGAAAAUUUUGACUGGACAUUUUAUUCACGCAUAACUGUUCAAUAAUUUUGCUCUGUUCAUAACCAACUGACAAACCAGGUUGAAUUCUAACUUUAUUCAGUGGUUUUACCAUUUGCCCAUGCACCCUCCUUGUAUGAGCAAAUCUAAAAUGGUGUCUCCUAGCUGAAUUUCCUUGCAUCCAUGCAACCACACUUUUGCUGUACAGCAAUUUAGACGAUCAUGGUGUUCACACAUCACUGGUCAAGGUUUUAACUCCUCAAGCUCAAAAUUUGAGCUCGAUUUGGGCAUUUUCGAAUGGCUAGGCAUCUAAAUUUUGAUAUGGUUAGCAUGGUUCCAUGUGAACACAACACCAAAAUACAUGAAUUUAUUUAUUAUUAAUUUUACACAAAAUACAAUUGCCACUGCGAUAAUUAUACCUUCAUUAAAAAAUUUCUAUUUCUGCAGUUCACAUCUUCAUUAAAAUUGGAGAAUUCCUCUGAUCUGCAUAAUGGUGAAGAUCAUGACAAAUUUUAGUCACACGUGUAGUCACGGCUACGACUAAUCACGGUGAAGUCUAAGUAAAUAGUUGGGUUCAGACUGAAUGGGAAGCUUGGCAGGAAAGUAACUUGCGUGAUGCCAAAAUACUACUUGUUCAAACGACGGGACAUGACUUUUUUUGAGCCCUGCUUAAGAUAUUUUGUCACCCACCUUUCCCUUUUUAUAGAGAAGCACCACACCGUUUCUGAAAGCAGUCAGUUUGCCACACAUCCAUCUCGUUCUGAAAACCCUUCCAAGACACCUUACAGCAACAAUAUGUGGUAGCUUGUUACCCUGUUACCCUGGGCUAGUGUUUAUGACUAUGAAACUAAAUUGCCAGUAACCCUCAGUGUUCUGCCUAAAUUUUAGCUCAGCAGAUAAGGGACAUUCAUAGCCGGUAAGGCAGAAGAUAUGCACUAGAGGUGCACUUUCCUGGGGGAAGGGGGUAGUGGAGGGCGGGACAUGGCCCUACCCUUGCUGGGAAAUUUAGGAGCUAGUUCUCAGAAAGGUCAUUCCCUCAAUGUUUUAAGACCUAUUUUACGCUAAUCAGCUGUCCAAAAAUUCAUUCAUUUCCUUGUGGCAUGUGAGAAUCUUGAAAGUAAAUCUUUAAUUUGCCAUUUCAGGAGGUAACAAGUGUUGCUUCAGGGGGCGAAAUUUUACCGGUUACCCCCUCAUAAGGAGAACACUGACCCUAAAAUUUAAAACAAUAUUAAUGAAAAAUUCUCUUGUAACCUUUAUUCCACGGUGAGAAUCUGUCCUGGCAUUUUUGGUGGCUCGGGUUGUUUUUCAUUGAUUGCUAUGCCACCUUUAUUGGUCUUUAUGUUAGACUCAAUUCUUGGGGAACAUUUCAAUUACUUGCUGAUAAAAUGAAGCAACCUUUUCCCAGUCUGCUUUUUGUGCUCAUAGAAUUUGAAAGAUUCUCUGGUAUUCAUCACUUUUGAACAAAUAAGCUGUAAAUCAAAAAUGAGUACAUUGUAUUUUAGAAAUUGUGAAUUGUUAAUGGUGUCAUGGAUUAAAGGUGUAAGCCAAUCUACUCGAAGAAAAUUUCUGCUUUGAUCAAGCCAUUUCAAACUGGGAGAUUGUGGUAUGAUGGAAGACACCCUUGAGACAUUUUUUUCUUGAGCUUUCAAUGUUGAUAUAAGUUUCUUACCUUUCAUAGGGGUACUCCCAGACUGGCAUGGGUUAUGGUUCAGCUCACUAUAGUGGGAUGCAGCAGCAACAGUUACCCGGAAUGGGCCAUCACCAACAACCAAGAGGUUCAAGUUACCAUUCCAUCAGUCCAGGACAGAUGAUCCCUAGAAGUCCUAACAAUGGCAUGAUGCCUCAAGAUUUGGACUUAGUACUUCAACAGCAGCAAUAUCAGCAGCAGCAGCAGCAUCAACAAGCUGCUUAUGGAGGUGGCAAUUUCCAGGGCUAUAAUGGAGGUUAUGGGGGACCAAGAACUAUGUCACCUCAGACGUCUGUCCAAUCUAUGGGUGCAUACCAGGGUGGGUUUCCAUCAGAACAAGGAUAUCCCCAAGGAACUGGCUCGAAUCAUACUGCAGGGGAGUUUGGUCCACAGACAGGCUCUAACCAAGCUAUGGGUAUACCAGGACCAGCUUCCUUGAGUCUUGCCAAUCUAUCUGCCAGACAGCAGCAGUAUUAUUCAGAUGGUUAUGGAAUGAAUAUGCCUGUUUCUCCCGUGCAUAAGCAGAUGCAGCAAGGUGGAGGUUUCCUUCAGCCCCCAGGGAUGCCUUACUCACAGCAGGUUCAGUCGUACCAGUCCAACUCGUACCCCAAAAGGCCCUCACCUUCAUCGUUGCCAAGCCAAAUGCAGGGAUUUAAUGCUGGUGGAUCGUUUAAUGCUAGAUCCAAUACUGGGAUGCAGAUGCCUAACAUGCCGUAUCAAUCCCCAACCAGCCCUUAUCAACCACCACAUUCCCCAGUAAGGAGAUCAACCACAUCACCAGUACAACAGCAAGAUGCUGGGUUAUACAGCAGACCUCGUGAAGCUUUUCCACAGCCAAGGUCUCCCUUUGGCUCGAGUCAGGGACAGUUUCAACUGCAGCAACAACAACAACAACAGCCGCAUAGUUCUUGCAUGUUUGUUCAGCCCCCAUCCCAAUCACAAUACCAGUCCCAGCAACAAAAAGUUGGAGGAUUAACUCAACGCAGAGCUUCAUAUCCUGGGCAGCAGAGCACGAUAAAAAUGCCUUCUCCACCACCUAAGAGAUCUCCUCCUACCUCUUUACCAAAUCCGAAGAGUCCUGAUCUGUUAAGGGGAAAUCAGCUGGGAUUUGAUGAUCGAGGUUCAGUUAAGCCUGUUUCCAAAAAGGAAAAAUCAUCGUCACCACCUUAUUUUGAUCCCAGUCAGGUAGUUUCUGCAUCACAAAUGAAAGGAACUCUUUCUAAGAAAGGGGGUGAUAGCCAAAAAGGUUUGCCUCGUCUGCGGAGAAGCGUUUCUGAUGUUGGAAGCCCUUCCGUAUCUCCUCCACUCACCAAAAAGGUGGAUGCGAGUAGGUCAGAAGAGGAAGGGUGUGACAUGAAAGUUGACGAAAGUAAGAAAGUUGAGGAAGCUAAGACAGUAAGAGGGACUCGACAGAGUGAACAGGAAACAUAUUCUCCAAAGAAGCAUCUAGGAGAUAAGAGAGAGGAGAACUUUGAAAAAGUGAAGGAAAACAAAUUGAGUGGUCCUGGGAGCAGUUUAUCACCAGAGCGAAACGAGUCUGUUGUGGAAACAUUAAAGCUAGAGAAUGUGGCUCAAUCUUCAAAAGAGUCAAAACAUCAACAGGUGGUUGGAUGCAAAGGAGGUGAAGAUGGAAAAAGUGGUGCAGAGAAACCAUCAGGCAAUCCUGAUGCCAAGGAACCUGAAGUUACUGCAGCUGUAGAGAGCCUGGACCUCAUUAAAAAAGAUGGGAUAUCGAAAGAGGUAAUCAACAAGGCGGGCAAAAACCCGGGUGGAGAUAUAGCAGGUUGUAACAUGGAAAACGUGACUUGUGAAAAAGACGAUUUGACCAGCGAUACAGAGAGAAAUGUUACUAAUGAUAAUGUUCAUGUAUCUUGUGCUGAAAAGGACGGUGAAAAAAAGCAGGAAAGUGGUAAAGUCGAUGGAGACCGUGAAGGAAGUAGUGAAACAACGAAUGUGGAGGAUAAAUUGAGUAAGAAACCUGUUGUAGAAGCUGGGAAACCAGCUAACAAAAAAGACGAUCACUUGGAGGACAUCUUGGCGGAAAAUAGAAAAACUGGCCAACCGGUUAACGGAUCGGGUGAUGAACUUGUUCACAAAGAUAAAAAGGUUGGACCGUCCGAUAUUACAACAGUUGAGGGUAAUCAUGAGACGGCGCAGCGCAACGGGGAUGCGAGUGAGGCUAGUGAAAAGAAAGAGUCUGACGAGACAGACACCGUGUCAACUGAUACGAAGGGAACUGUGAAACAAGGUUUUGAGCCCGUCAAAUCAGCUAAUGUUGCAACUCCAUCAUCUAACAAAUGUGAACCAAGCACCGUCAAGUCAAAUAUUAAAAAUAAGACGGCUGAAGAAAAUCAACAUUCGGUGAAACCCAGCAGUGGAUCAACUCCAGCAGUUGUUGUAAAGGAGAAGCCAGUUACCGUCUCCCUGAGGUGCGAAGAACGUUUGUCUUCGGAUGAUGACGAUCGUCUGUCAGCUUCAAAAGCGGAUUCAUCGCCUCCGCCAGUGGAAAGCAGAACCCAAGGAAUCCAGACGGUAGAGCAGACCACAGCUUCACCACGUUCCAGCCACCAACAGGUUACUCCAAUCAAAGCUACCAUCAUUGCAAAGGGCAAGUCUGCUCAGAGCAAUCAACAAGUCAUGGUGGCUAAGACCACAUCUGGGCAAAUGUAUCUUAUCCAAGGGAACCUUCUUGUGCCCGUCCAGUCUCUCAGUUCUGACUCCUUGUCGAAGCAGAAUUCAAAGGUGAAUAUUAUUCUUUCAAUAGUUCACGGAAGGGGGUAGGUAAGGCUGUUUACGCAUGCACUAUCAGCAAUUAGUAAAAUCCAACAAGCGGUCUAUUAUCAAUGCUGCGUUCUGAUUGGUUGAGCUUCUUCUAGGCUAUAUGUUAUAGCCCACUAGUAGCGAAUAGCGCCCGCUUUGAAAACCAAAACAAUGGCGGCUGAAUCGGGUUUUGCUAGCUUAAGUUGUUUUGUCUCGAUAUUUUUGACCAACUGGUUGGAUUUUACUAAAACAGUUAUUCCUCUCGCAAUCAUGGCCUCUGAGUCAAUUGACUCAGAGCCCGUUCGGGCUCGAGGCAUGAUUGUUAAUUAGGGUUGCAGAAUUGACUGAAAUAUCAAAAUAGAGAGCUUACGCAAAGACGUUUUUGGGCGAUGCAGGUAAACCGGAAGUGGCCUUUUUGCGUUCAUGAGCUGUGGUUGUCCUUAAUUUUUGGGCAAAUCGUCUCGAUAUAGAAUAAUAACACUAAGGAAUACAAUUUGGUACCGUCAAGGCAUAAUAAAAAAGAAAAGGCCUCACAUCUGGGUCACCUGUGUCGCUCAAAAACGUCUCUUCCUAAGCUCUGUAAUAGGCUGAUUUAGCAACAGAACGGGAACGUCAUUUGACGGACGGCAAAGCGCGCGAAAAGGACUGAACUCUACUUCCGUUGCCCAGUUUGCCGCUCAACCAUUGGUCAAGCCAGUUGUUUGAUUUGCUAAAUCAACUCAAUAACUGCUUGAGACUGCAAGAGAAAGCAAGAGACGACACUUAACGACUACUAACGAACGUUCAGACGGGCGGGCAGACAAAUCGUUUCUGCCAUGCCACUUAAAUUGGUGAAACCGGCAGAAACCUUCCGCACGCAACUGACUGAAUACAAACGAGCGAUAAGAAAGGGUGAUGCCAGGCUGCUCUGUGGGUCACAUCUUCAUCGUAAGUCUGUUGCGAAUAAUUGACAGUCAGUUUCUAAGCUUUGAUUAGCUUAAAUUUUCAAAAGGUCCUUGGGUUUGAUUUGUCACGGUGCUUUUCGAAAAUGAAAUGUGGGGUUUGUUUUUCACUUUUUAAAAAACUUGACUACUUUCUGUAUCUUUCUAAGGUGCUAAUUGUGAAUCCGGUGAAGACGCCAACGGGUCAAGUCAAACAUAUACAAACGGCAUCUGUUGUGAAAAUAGCCGAUGCCAAAGAAAACAUAGGCCACGAGGCAUCUAAAGGUACUGCGCAGAAGGAAACGGCUUACGAGGCGGACAAUGAGAAAAAUGGUGAAAAGUUAAAAUCAAACAGACUGCGUAGUUCUAAGGGCGACACGAAGAGCAGUGAGGAGUCACCAGCUGAUAGAAAACAUCACACUGCUCCACUUGAAAAGGAAAAGGUUAGCAGUAGUAGUACAUCUAAUGCAGGGACAGACUUGACAAAUUCUGCCGAUAAAAAGGAGGGCACAUCUUCUACAAGCAGACAGGCCGAGUCGAUACCUGAAGAUAAACCACCGACCAAAACUCCAGGUCGUGGUCGGCCACCAGGGAGCAAGGAUAAGCAGAAACGUAAAUCUUUUGUGCAUAAAUCUAAGCGAACAGAAAACGAAGAAAAAGUGGAUGAACCCGCUUCAAAACGGAAGUUUUCAAAGACUGCUAGUGUUGUUAAAGAUAUGUCUUCUACUGAAGCGUCGACCUCUUCCAAACGGCCUCUAUCCUUGGAGGUACCAACGGUUAAUGCAAGCAAAUCUCCGAAACGACGCAAAGUGUCGACUUCGGGAUCUCCAGUAAAGCAUAUAUCUGUAAUGCCUCGUGGAGGAGUUGACGGCGAGUCAUGGGUCUGUUGUUUGUGCGGAAAACGCAGCGGUCAUAACUUGCUGGGAGAUCUUUACGGACCUUAUAAGACAAAAUACUCCAAAGAGAAAACAGACAGCUCUUCUGCUAAGGACAGUAAACUGUCUCAAAAACUGUCGUCACCCGGCAGAAAGUCGAGUUCCAGUUCGGACGCACACGUGGAACGGAAGUCGAGUUCUAAUGAAGAUGAUUUGGAAAAUUGUGAUUUAGACUUGUGGAUUCAUCGGUAUUGUGGAGUGUGGUCUCCGGGUGUAUUUAUGUUGGGCAAAGCCCUUCAUGGGUUAGAGCAAGCUGUAGAAAGUGCAGCGCAACAUGUAAGUAUUAUUUCUUAUUCUUUAAAUAAUUAUGAUAACCCAAACCUCUCAAGUAACUGUUUCAUUUACUUGUCUUUUCACGUAUCUCUGCAAUCCUACGUCACGAACUUCUACCGUAGGUCCUUGUUUGGGUUGGGUACGUACCCGAGAUGAGAUGGCACUUGUACGUGGACGCAGAGAUCACCUUGCUGACCAAAUUCAAUUUGCGUAUACAGCCUGUUAUUGCCCCCGCAGGGAUUUCGCCCAGAAGACGAAAUCUCAAGAAGACAGCCUAGUGACUCGCGUGUAUACAUAGGAAAGUGCUAACAGUUGAAAUAUGCAGUCAGUAAAUUCGCGAUUGCUUGAACAGGGGCCACAUGGGAUCGUUGGGUAAUGAUGACGUUUCUAUUUUAAACGCCUACUAGUAAGAGAUGGUUAGGAUGAUGUAAAACAGAAAAUUCCCGAAGCGAGCGCUUAGAUUGAUUUUGUGACACUUAUUGUACAGUCAAACUUCGAUACUCUUGUUUUACGUGUGUUCAGUGACAUUCUGUGGAGCAGCUUUUUUUAAAGAUGUGGAUCGAAAGACACUCGUUAAGCGCGGAUGACGUUAUAAGAGGCGUAUAGCUGUGUAUAUAUAAACACUGGGAGAGUUCGCCAGACACGUGUUAAUCAUUCACAAAUCUUUGACUGAAAACGAUUUGCCAGGCAUAAAGAAGACUCAGUCCACAAACAAGCAAGUUUCCCAAUGCAAACGAGUGAAUCAAACUAGCUCAUCAGCCGAACGAUGGACGAUAACAAUUAAAUUCUCUGCUGACUUAUUCCCUGCUCACAGAUGUCCCUCUAUAAUGCUUUUUUAUAGCGAAGCAUUGCCUUAAUAGUGAAAACAAAUGACUAGAUCGCUAGCGUAAACUGAUCAAACCCUCAAUUUCCAAGGCUUGCUUUCCGGCUAAUAAAAUGAACAGUAAAAAUUGCGUGCGAAAUAGGGGAAAAUUACAACUUCUAAUCAAAUCUUUUCUUGUAGUUUAAAAAAAUCAUCGAAAUUGCGAUUGUUUUGAUCAAAGCUGCGUAAAUCGACCUACCUACUGUAUGGAAUAUGUGCGAAAAUCUUCAAAAUGAUUCGGGAUAUUUUAAAGAGCUACACAACGACAAGGAAUACAAUUGACAGACAAAAUACAGAGCGGUAGAAGCUGCAGUGUCAACAACAACAACAACAACAACAACAAUAAUAAUAACAUUUAUUUAAACACUAUUAAAAAUUCAGCAAAGCUGAUGUGGUCGUAUGCAUAACAAUAAAAUUAAACUUCCUAACUAAUCACAAUAUUAAAGUCAGACGUUGUACUUACUGUCUGUUUUCUCAUUGACCAAGAGCAUGCUCACGUAUUAAGACAAUGAAUAACGACAUAACGUGGCAUAACUCGUGUCGUCCGCCCCAUUGGUUCAAAUUUAGUGCCAAAGGUAGUUGCAUUUGGCAUUUUACGCUUUUGCUCCUCCUUGUGUCCUGUAAAUUUUGUCGCUCACGUUUGUUUGUGCUCCUGUUUGCGGUGUAUGUCUGCCGUACAAUUAGGAUAUAAAAUAUGUCUUUAUAGAAGGGUGAUUAUAAGGAGAGGUUCGAUCAGGCUUUGCUUUAUGCGAGUCGUCAGAAUUAACUCCUGUGUGAUAUAAUUGCUUGUGAUUUUUUUUCUUUUCACCAGAAAUGCGUGAGGUGUUCCGAAGUUGGUGCCACGCUGGUCUGCUUCAAACGAGGAUGUAAUAAAAUAUAUCACUAUGCUUGUGCAAGAGAUUCAGGUGACUAUCUUUAUUAUUGUUCCUGUUGCUUAUGCUAUAUACAGGCUUGUCUCAUGACGUCAUUUCCGCCAUGUUGGUUUCCCAAACCAGUCCUUUGUGAGUGAAAACGCUGUCCCUCUGUAUAGACGAUAAAGCCUUCCUAGUUGUGAUUUGUACUGUUUACUUCGUUUCUUUUGUUACAUGUGAUCUGUGCCUUGAAAUCAGAAGUAUCCAUGAUAUUGAGGAUAGGGUACUACGGUUACCGGUUUUUACCAUUUACACGGACAAACCGGUCGGUCCACGGUUUAGGCAAAUGGUAAGAAAAAUUCAGUCGCGUUUACCACAGUUUCAUUUACCGGAAAACGACCGAAAACGCCUGAAACUGUUAUCAAAGAUGUCUUUCAAGAAAUGGAACACGAAUUUCCAUUUGGAAUAUUCCGUCCGGAAAAACAGGACUACCUUUUUCAGAUGUCCCGUUGCUCCCCGGAAAUGUUCGGCUGGAACGACCAAAAAAGUCAUGUUCCAUUACUUUCCAACUGGACUUUCCGCAAACUUGUUGAAAUGGUAAACAAACACCAUAACAUGGAAAUACCGGAGAUGCCGGUUGGAAAAUCAAAUGGUUCGCGACAUUUCAUUUCGUUUGGGAAUCUUCAGAAAAUAUGGACUGUAAAUUGAGGCGAUGCAAUUUUUCUACUCUCUUCAGCCCGUUCUGCAGAUGUAGAUGUACUUUGCAGCGAGCCGUUCUUCCAGCCCGCCAAAUUUCAUAAAUUUAUGUGUAUGCACGAGAUUGAUUUCCACCGUUGUUGCAAUGAGGGCGGACUGGAGGGCAAAGGGGUGGGUGGGGUUUAGACCGUGAGAGAGAAGGCAGAUUUUGAAACCCGGCCUUACGGCUUGUUUCAGUUUUUAUUUGAUUAGGUCAUCCGGCUUUCGUUUAUUUGAUCUUUUUUUUCUGUUUUUGUUAUUUAAUAGGUUGCACUUUCGUUGAGGACAAUUUUACGAUAUUCUGCUCAACGCACAAGGUAGGUAACGGAUGGUUGUUGUAUGCAUAGAGUGCAAGGUUGUUUUUUUUUUUUCAGGAACGCAACUACAAUACAUUGUGCCUCUAGUUUGCACAAGAAGCCAUGUCUGUUUCAUACGCUGUCGUUAUGGCCUUUUCCCGGCUUAAGACUCUGUCGGAAUAGAUGAAUUUGAGAGUGUAAAUUGCUAUAUUUGACUUACUUUGAUUUUUUUUUUUUUUUUUUUUUUUUUUUCAGUGACGAUGAGAGCAACGUUUCAUUAAUUUCUUCCUUUUCGUAAAAAUUGACGGCUUUUAUUUUUCACCGAUGUCUCCUUUACUUGGCCGUCCUAAGAAUCUUCCAUUGUGCACGCAGAGCAUUGAGCAGUUAUUAUUUCACAUACUGAUUUGAUUUUUCGUUUGCCACGUCUUACUGGAUGUAACGUGUUAAGACUAAUCCGAGGAAAUGUACUCUGUCGACCAGGCAGGCGCACAAAGACAACCAAACUUGCGUUUUGUUUCUCUGCCAGCAUUCCGAGUUUCCCGCCUCUAGCUUUGCCUACUCCACAUUUGCACCUGCAAUUUCCCGCGCUUCUCCGUGAUUGACUCAUUGUGUUGGUUUUGUUUGCUGUAAUUGGUCAGAUAGUCUGACGUGUGUCAUGACUUGACGAUGGUCAUGUGGAAGCCAAAGUUAUCGCAGAACCUUGAAAAUUGGAGGACAUAACUUACUGCUUGGACUUAUUUCGCAUUGGGUUGGCUAGUUCCAAUCCUGUCUUUAUGGCACUGGCUGCCGUCUUUGUCAUGUUGCGUUUAUCUCAACAACCACUUUACAUAGGUCUCAUUCACUCUAUUUUUUUAAACCGUCUGUUCUUGAUUAAUCGGUCCGCUAAAUGACUAUUGUGGGUGUAGAGGAACGAAAGUAGAACGUUCAAUAGCAGGAGGUGCAACAUGUUUUUGUUACGGUGAAAUAUCACGCUGACUGUACGUCAUAAAGAUUUGUAACUCCUUGACAACAAGUGUUUCCCAGGAAUAUUUUAUUCUUAAUAAGUGCAUGUUUAGUCUGGUUCGUGCUCAGGAGGAGUCAAGAUUCAAAUUUUUAUAUUCAGUGCAGAAUUAUGCAAUGAAACGUUCUACGUUGUUGUAAAAAUAGUAGUCCUUGUGGAUUGUUGGUUCUUUUCUCUUUAUUUGUGGGGGAC